AUGGAGUUGAUCUCCCUUUCGUUUCUCACCUUGGCUACUCUUCUCCUGGGCGUCGCCAUCAUGGCCUUCUUCCGGCGCAAAGAUGCGUCGGCUCUGGAGCCCAUCACCAAGAUGCUAUCAUCGACGGCGUUUAUCGGCUCGCAGACGGGAGGAGAGUCGGUCAUCAACUAUUCCUACACGGAUCUCCCGUGGACGUUGAUGAUGUGGGAUGUUUAUUAUUUCUUUCAUUAUCUCUGGGCCAUAUUCUAUGUUGUUUGGCCUGUGACGCCAACCGACUCGGCCGAGCUGUCUGAGCUGUCUUUUACUUAUGGCAACGUGCUAAGUUUGGCGGUCCAUUUGGUCCUGGUCGUUUUACAGCUGGCCUUCGUUGUUGCGUUGCCGUUUAUGAUCAUCUUGCCAGUGUGGACGGCGGUAGGGUCGAUUGCUGGCUUCAUGGGGGUCAACAAACUGCUGUGUGUGAUAUUGAAUGGCAGAGGAGGCCAGGUCGAGUAUCACAGUGAUCCAGAAUAUGCCGAGGCGAGAAAGGAGCAUGAGGGAGAGGUGUGGAUAUUUAUCAAUGGUGUUGCUGCUGGGGAACACUGGAUGAAGAAUAACUUGAAUCGUCUAGCUGUCACCUUCAAGCGGCCCAUCUUGGGUAUCCAUAACAAAACCGAAACUGGCAGUGCAAGUGUCAUAUCCCGUUGCCGGCCCGGGUCCGUGUUGCUAACUUCUUCUUCAGAUGCCACUAAAGACGUCCGAGUCUGCUACCGCAUCAUCAAAGAAAAGCUCUACGAUCCUCAAAACACCAAAGUCGUCUUCAUCCUCCACUCUCAGGGUGGAAUCCAGGGCAGCCUGAUUAUCGACUGGCUGCUUCAAGAACUUCCCCAAGACAUUCUCUCCAAGCUGGAAGUCUACACUUUCGGUAACGCAGCCAACCACUUCAACAACCCCCACCGUCACGUCCGGUCCCAGAGAGCCGCCCUGAGAAACCCCCUGGCUGCCAAGACAGAUUCCACUCUGGAGGAGAAUGACGGGACAAUCACCAACGUCACCGACGACACAGCCCCAAAUGCCAAUGCCAAAGCCAAUCUCACUCCCGAACAACAAGAGGAAAAGAUCCCCUCUUUGACCUCCCUUGCCUCCUCAACAUGCUCCGCCCGCCCAUCCCAGCUCUCGGACCGCGCCAUCGGCCACAUCGAGCACUACGCCCACACAACCGACUUUGUCGCCUUAUGGGGCGUCCUCCACUUCACCACCUCCACACUCGACUCACCCACCAUGCCCAGAUUCAUAGGAAGAGUUUUUGCCCGGUCUAGCCCCCGCGGCGGUCACCAGUUUGUGCAGCACUAUCUCGAUGGGAUGUUCCCCCUCCAGCGCGACGCCAACGGGAAGCUCCUACGCGACAGCGACGGGAAAUUGGUUGGGUGUGUAGAAGAAGGGGAUAAUGAGUUCAUGGAGAGUGAGGUCAUCAUUGGGAAUGACGAGGGGGCUGAUAUUGAGGGGGAUCUGGAGGGGGAACAGGUGCAGAUUCAUAGUGUCAGUCCUACGAUCUUGAGGAAGAGGGCAACGUUUAGGCGGGAGGGGGUGGUGAAGAUGAGGGUCAGGGAGUUGAGUCGAUUGUGGCAGUACAGAGAUGGUGGGAGUCCGGAGGAGCGUAAGGAGAGGAGGAAUAGGGAGGUGAGGAAAGGGGUUACGAUCUGA